GCGAUGGCAUGUGCGUUUGCUCGCGGUAAAUUUCACAACCUUUCAAAAAGCAAAAGACUUCGUAUCGGUUUCUCUCUGUCUACCGUCUGCUACCGCGGAGAGCGCGAUAAGUACUGUACGUAUUUUACCUCUCAAGUAAAGGAGACUUUCAAGGAGAGUGUUUAUAGGACAUGAACCUGAGACAAGCAGGGAAAUAUUCGUCCUUUUCGGCGCAUGGUAGAAGGAGGACUUCAGAUUAUCAAAGAAACACGAAAUUCAGUACGAAAAAAUAGUCUUAUAGAGUCUGGAAGUCGACAGUUAAAAUGGAACAAGUUGAAAUUGAGAUGGAAGACACUUUCACUGAAGAUGGAGCACGAGAAGGAAGGGAAUUAUUUCCUUCUACCGAUGUGAAUAAUAUCAGUCGAGCAACUACGACAAGCGAACUGAACGUCGCUUCCUCCGAGCUUGAUCUAGCAAACAGUUCCCCUUCGUUAUCUUUUCGCCCCAGAUCUAACACAGCGAGCACAUUUGACGGUUUAUUAGAAACGCAAGUAUCUAGAGAUGACACAGAAGAUGGAGAUCUUGACGAUUAUGAGAAAGAGACAUCACUUAUGCUAGUCAAACAUCAGAAAAUAGACAUGAAGAACUUCUCCACUGAAGUACGUGCCCGCAAGGAUAUUGACAGGUUUCUUGAGAAGCCAACUGUUCUGUUGAAUGUCCAUAAGACAAAGAUAGAGGACAUCAUAGACCUCAUGCUAGACAAAAUUAUUGAAGACAAACAACUACAGAAAGUAAAUUUCUCUGCGGCAAGGACAGCUUUUUUCACCAAAGAUUCAGUGCACUGCCUGUCCCAUGUGAUCCAGGGGACUGAGAUCUCAGAAGGAGGGGGUUGGGAGGAGACGCAGAACUGGCUUGUGGCAAUGGCUGAUCUCCCAUCUAUUCAGCAAAGUCACAUCGCCAUGUCCCGCCUGAGACAUGCCACUAAUCUAGGGAGAACUCUACAGGGGACUCACCUUGUUGUCCUUAUACUCUCACCUGUCAAGACUAAAAAGACCAAGAACUCGCUUGAGCUGGGUAGAACUUUUGCUACUUUACUAUCUGACAUUGACUUCAGACAGUCACUCUUAGAAGCUGAGUCCAAGGAGGAAUUUGUGAAAGUCUUAGCUGAAAGAAAGUCUGAUUUGUCUAAUAAUCGCAAUAAGCCUGAAAUAAACAGCAAGCUGGUUCGCUCUGCUUCUAAAGUUGUCUCAUCGUUUGCCAUUAAACCUGAAGUAAAGGAGCAGGAAACUAGUACCAUGAAGCCUUGUCGAGGGAUACGUGAUGAUUUUAUGAGAAGGAUGCCACAUUACUUAUCAGAUUUCAAAGACGGUGUUGUGGGUCACCGUACUCUGUUCAAACUUGUAUCAACUGUGAUAUUCCUGUAUUUUGCCUGCAUCCUGCCCUCUGUUGCAUUUGGAGUACUCAAUAGCAAAAAUACCAAAGGAAAAAUGGAUGUACAGAAGGUGCUUGUUUCUCAAGUUUUUGGUGGGCUAUUUUUCUCAUUGCUGGGUGGCCAGCCUUUAAUUAUAUUACUGACCACUGCACCACUGGCGCUAUACAUUAAAGUGAUUUACACUAUUAGCGAGGACUUUGACCUGGACUUCCUGGCCAUGUACACAUGUACUGGACUGUGGAAUGCAUUCUUCCUGGCCGUUUACUCUGUGUUUGGAGUAUCGAACCUCAUGAGAUGGUCUACCAGGUCAACAGAAGAGAUCUUUGCCCUGUUUAUCUCCAUUGCCUUCACUGUGGAUGCUGUCACUAGUAUCAAGCAGGAGCUUACCAAUCCAUACUGCAUUGGAGUGCCGUAUAGCUCAUGUGGAAUUUGUGGAGUGGCUGGGAGUGGUAAUGUCUCAACAAGUCAGUGCUCGGCUUUUGGCGAGAACAUGUGCUAUUGUUCCAGAGAGGCAGGCACGCUGUACCUACUACUCAGUCUAGGCACGGUACUUUUGGGUGUCACACUCUACAACUUUAAAAAGAGCCCCUUUCUGGAUGCAAACAAGAGGGAAGCUUUGGCAGACUAUGCCUUGCCGGUGGCAGUGCUUUUUUUCUCUUUCAUUGGAACAUAUUUUUUUAGUGGAGAAUCAUUACACACAUUCAAGAGUAGUGGAGAGGUAACUCUAACGCCCUCCUCCUUGUCUUCGCUGUCAGCCGGAGCUGUGUUUGGAGCCUGUGGUCUUGGUUUCUGUUUGUCCCUACUCUUCUUCAUGGAUCAGAACAUUUCUAGUGCAAUGGUUAAUAAUCCUGGAAACAGGCUCAAAAAAGGGAGUGCUUUUCACCUAGACCUACUGGUGGUUGCCAUAAUAAAUGGCAUUUUGUCAGCAUUUGGGUUACCAUGGAUACACGGUGCCCUUCCCCACUCUCCUCUCCACGUCCGUGCACUUGCCGAUGUGGAGGAGCGUGUGGACCAGGGUCAUGUCUUUGACAUCAUAGUGAAGGUGCGAGAAACUCGUUUAACUACUCUGAUCGCUCACAUACUGAUCGGCCUAUCCCUGCUCAUGUUGCCAACACCUCUGGACUACAUACCCACUGCAGUGCUAGAUGGACUUUUCCUCUUUGUGGCUGUCACUUCUCUUGAUGAUAACCAAAUGUUUGAGCGGCUGCUACUCUUUGUAACUGAACAGUCUGCCUACCCUCCCAACCAUUACAUCAGACGUGUGCCGCAGCGCAAGAUGCAUGCAUAUACCGGCAUGCAGAUGCUUCAACUUGGUAUACUAUGUGGUUUUGGCUUCAGCCCCAUGCCUUACCUGAAGAUGGUAUUUCCAGUCCUUCUGUUGCUUCUACUCCCAAUAAGACAUUUAGUUGUCCCCAGAGUAAUAGAACGCAAGUUCCUGGAUGCCAUUGACACAUAUCUUUGAAGUCCCAUUCCUUGGAACAAGUGUUGAGUUUGGUCAGGAGUCAGGAAUGACCUGGAAUUUAAGUAAAUUUUAGGCUGGAUAGGAUAUGUAAAAAGGCAAAGGAAAGCCUGAUAAGAGUCGCUAUUACCUUUUUUUACCACAUUGAGUAUGAUUCUCCAAAACUUGAAAUUACCAUACUAUUCAAAAGUGUUAGUAUUUGAUUUUGCGAAGAAAUAUAUAUUGAGGCACUUUAAUAAUAUAUUAUUUUAUUUGACAUGAAAUUAAGAUGAACAUCAAUGUCAGAGUAUUUAAAAACAUUUUCCGAAAAAAGAGUAUUACAGUAGAGUGGUUUUCAAAAUCCAGUGCAACAAAAUGUUAUUGUUAAAGUAAAAUUGUCAAGCCAAUUAAUUAGUUAAUUACAUCUCAAGAUAAGAGGCAUGAACUAAAGCACAGGGCGCAUAGUUCAGUGUUGAUUUUAUUCCUCAAUAAUUGCUUUUUUAGAAUCUGCUACUUAAUUAAUUAAAAAGUGUGGACAUUAUUUCAGAAGUUUGGAAAAGUGUGGACAUUAUCAGAAGUUUUCAAAAGAAAUAUGAAAAUAUAACAAAGAAAACAAGACAUGCUGUAUCCAGUGGCUGUUUUAAAUAUAUUUUUCUCAACAAAUAUUUCAAUAUUUACAUAGUUGUCAUAAAGGAAAAGAUUAUUUGUAAAUAAAGGAACUUUUGAAAAACAAAA